AUGGCGGAAGGCGACAUCCCCAGGGAGUUUCCCGAUGUGAAUCAAAAACUGGCAGCGCCGAAGAUGUUGUCUGCCUUUGAAAAGGAGAGACAAGCCGCCCAAGCAAAGGAAAAGCGAGAGCAAGCAGCGACUGCUGCAGCGCUAAAAAAGUUCGAGGAUGACUUUGGGGUUGAUCACGACGAUCGUGGCCGCUCUCGCCUGCAAGACUCUGGCUUCGAUGGUCCUUCUCAUGACCCAAGAAGUGGUCUUACUGGUGGCUUCGGCUCCAUGCCCGGUCAACCGCCUCCCAGCAUGAAACGCAGACGAGCGCUCGACGAGAUGAGGGAGGCGCAAGAAGCGGAACGAGAAUACGACAUGAUGGAUCUCGACCAGUCCAGGAGCGACCCGAGACAUACUUCGCAGCCAGAAACCCACCACGACGACAAUGAUGAUCGUGUUGACGACACUCCGCGUCCUACAAUUCAACUGUCCUCUCUACCUCCCACAAUGUCUAUCGAUGGAGUCAAAGCACUUCUAAAGGACCAUGUCAGAGUUCACACCGUACGCUUGGUAGCCCCGCCGGGACUUGAUGAGUCAACGUCGAAGGGGUCCAUAAACGCCAUCGCAACUCUUGCUGCAGACGUACCCUCGGCACAAAUUAACAAUGCUGUCAGUGCAAUCACGGAGCAGUCUCGGGGCCAACCCUCGCACUCAUCUCUGCGCAAUGCGCCACCUCCAGGGGACUACGCAGGCUUCGCACCUCCGGCGUCUUAUGAUUCUUACUCUGGUGGAGCUGCAAACAACUCCGACCCGCCAGAUGCGACGCUCACCGUUCAACCACCUGACAGUAUCGAUGAAGUCCAAGCAAUUCACACAGUUGUCGACACUCUCCUCGGCGAGCCCGAUCCCGAACGCGCUCUCGAAAUCGAAGCAGCACUCAUGGCGCUCCCGGCCGUCCAGCAAGAUGAGAAAUUCGCAUUCCUCUAUGACUCACGCAGCGCCGGCGGGAUCUACUACCGCUUUCUCCUCUGGACCUAUGAAGAUCCCGACGACGCCGCAAUGAUCAUGAAACGACGUCUCUGCGGACCAGAAAGAGUGCACGAGGAUCUGGCGAUCGAUUGGCUUCCGCCGUACGUCCAAGUGCCAUACCCGGGUCUGAAGGGCCUCGAGCAUGUUGUCCACGACGCCGACUAUUUCACCAGCGAUGAGGAAAGCGAGGGUGAUUCCGGCGAAGAGAGACGCUUCAACAUGGGCAAAGAGGGCGAAGGUCAAAACAUCACGGAGGAGAGGAAGUGUCUGAGUCCGUUGAAGAGAGCCAAGCUGGUGCAUCUCCUAUCACGACUCCCUACAAGCAAUGCCCGACUCCGAAAAGGCGAUGUCGCCCGAGUGACGAAUCUGGCCAUCAAGGAAGCUGGAAACGGUGGUGCAGAAGAGAUUGUCGAUAUCCUACUACUCAACGUGGAGAAACCACUAUCGACCAGUCUCGCCGCGAAAUACGAGUUCUCAGAUGUCGAGCAAGAUGACGAAGACAUAUACGAGCCCGACGAGAAUCUCUCCACCCUCGACUCCGGACUCUCUCAACUCACAAAAGAACCCAAACCCCAAGAAGACCCAUCCAACGCAAAACUCGUCGCCCUCUACAUCAUCUCCGACAUCCUGUACGCCUCCACGACCGCCGGCGUGAAGAAUUCCUGGAAGUACCGCACGCUCUUCGAAGCCGGCUUCCGGCACCAGAAAACGUUUGAGCGGCUAGGAAAGCUGGAUCGGGAGUAUGCGUGGGGGAGGAUGAAGGCGGAGCAGUGGAAGCGCAAGAUCCUCGUGCUGCUGGACGAUAUCUGGAAGAAGCAGUCGGUGUUUACGGAUGAGGUGCAGCAGGAGCUGAGGCUGGGCUUUUUGGAGCCGCCGUUGAGUGAGGAGGAGAAGGCUGUUGCGCUGGCUGAGGCGGAAAAGGAGGAGAAGAGGAAACGCGACGCGAUGUUGGUGGAGAAAGCUGACGGGGGUGAAUCACCUACUGUAGUGGCGUCAUCCGAGCAUGCGAACAACGGCGCUCUUCAUGCUGCUGUUGAUGACACAGACGGCAUUGCGAAGGACGACGGUCUGGCCGAUAAGCGUGCCCAAGUGCAACACAAUCAUCAGCCACUCGGCGGUCUGGAUGGCGCGAUGGACGAAAAGCCUACGACGGCUCCUCACACCCACGACAUCGCUGCGACGGACGUGAGUUCUGCGAGUGGCAGGUCCACGGGCCCGCGCAAGAGGAUGAGAGCGGAGGACAUGUUUGUGGACAGUGACGUUGAGUAG